GUUUGACGUUGCUUCCCCCCGCAGAAACACAUCCUUGUCGUGUGUUGUUUUACAGUUUAUUUCUGUAGUCGUGGCGUGUAUUACAUGUGUAAGAUUUUUCCGUGUAUAUUAUUUUCUCGUUUGUCACAUAAAAUCACAAUGCGGUUAACUUUACUGUUCUUGGUUCUGGCGUGCUUGUGUAGUUCUCAAGGUACAGCCAUAGAAGGUGCCCCUGCAGCAGACAGCCAAGGGAGUGGGUCACAAAAAGGUCCAAGUCAACAAGAAAGGUUGACGAAUGCAGUAGCACAAGACAACAAAAUUCAGAAUAAUGUGUUAGAGCAAGAUUCUGAUCUUAGUCAAAAACUAAAGACAGCCAUAGUGACCCAAAAAAUCACAACAGAAAAUCACACCCUGCAAGUCAUACAAGAGAACAAUCCAAUACCAGCAGUCAAGCUGAAUGACAGUCUGGACGAUGAGGCAAAAUCAGUGGGAAAAACAGACGGCACAGUGGACAACAAGUCGAAAUCAGCAGAUAGCAAGAUGGACAACAAGUCGAAAUCAGCAGAUAGCAAGAUGGACAACAAGUCGAAAUCAGCAGACAGCAAGAUGGACAACAAGUCGAAAUCAGCAGACAGCAAGAUGGACCACAUGCCAGACGAUGAGCCGAGCUCAAUAGACAAAACGCACGGCAAGGUCAAAAACAAGCCAGAGGACAAGCUGAAAUCAGAUAACCAACCAGAACAGCCAAAAUCAGCAGUCAAAUUCAGUGACAAAACAGAACAGCCAAAAUCAGCAGUCAAAUUGAAUGACCAAACAGAACAGCCAAAAUCAGCAGUCAAAUUGAAUGACCAAACAGAACAGCCAAAAUCAGCAGUCAAAUUGAAUGACCAAACAGAACAGCCAAAAUCAGCAGAAGAAUUGAAUGACCAAACAGAACAGCCAAAAUCAGCAGACAAGCUGGUGGGCAAAGUGGAUGAGAAGCCAAAAUCAGAAAAAGAAAAGGACACAGCUACUACAGAUAAGUGGAGAGCUGAAUCACAAGGCACCAAGCCUGAAAGUGAAGCCCCAGGAAGGGGUGUCGUUGAGGGUGAGGGUAACGAGGUAGAUGAUGUUACUUUAGAAGAAGAAGGAGACGAGGAAGAGGAUGGGGGCUUGAAUAAAUCAGAUAAGAGUGGGGGUCAGCCAUUUAACCCGCAGCCACAGGAGGAGAGCAGUCACUUCUUUGCCUACCUCGUGUGCAUGGCAUUGUUGGUUGCCGUCCUCUACGUUGGAUAUCACAACAAGCGCAAAAUCAUUGCUUUUGUGCUUGAGGGCAGAAGGUCAAAGGCCUCACGCAGACCCAAAACGGCAGACUAUCAGAAACUUGAUCAACACUGAAGAAGACCAAUGGUUAGACUGAAACCUGUGACUGUGAAACUCGAUUUUUGCAGCAUGGAACCUGUUUGUUGCUAAAUGUUUUGGGUGUUUUUUCAUUAAAUGUUAGGCAUUUGAAGUUUAGCCACUGACUGAUGGUCACUGUGAUAGCUUCUAAAUUCUGUCUUUUAAUUUUUUUAAAUCAGUGAAUAUCUUGACAAAGUGGAGGUAAAUGCAGUGUGUAUGUUUCUUUGUUUUACCUUUUGGCUGCUUUCUUGCAUGUCUGCAGGGUUAGUGAUGUCCUGCAGGAGCAUUUCAGAGGCUGCGAGAGUAGGAAGGUCUUGUUUUUAUUUCAAAUGAAAUGAUACUCAGAAGGUUUAAAAAUUCUGGGUUCAACAAGGUCAUGUAAAAUGUGUUCUAAUGCUGCAGAGAUUGUGUAAUCAUGCAGCAGUCUUUGUGAUCUAAACCACAGUUGCACUGUGAAGUGAUGGGGGCUACGUCUCGGUCUUUUGAGUUGUUCCCAGUCCGGUGUCCGGAAAGUCCAAGCUUUUGUUCUGUUAAAAGGAGGAACAGUUAAAAUGUGGACAAGCUAAAAACCUCUGGGUUAAAGGUAGUGAGCCUGCUGUAAGAAUAUUGUACUUCAUUAAUGAUAGAAAGAUGAGAAUGUGUGUGUGUGUGUCUGUCUCUGUCCUGGAGGGCCAGAGUCCAUUACAGUUUGGAGCUUCCCUGAUCAAACACAGUACAUUCACUUAAUUAAGAGGCAAUUGAGCAGGGAAUCUUCAAACAGUUCUGGACAACUGGAGAGUCACGAGCUGGCCACUUGUUUCGUAGAAGGUAAAUGAGUCCCUGCAUCAGCAAAAGGUCAAGUUGUUUUCAUUCUGUGCAAUCACACCCUCAGUGCUUAGCCAUACAAUCCUGGCCUGAAUGUAAGUGCAUGACGCUCACUUUGGGCUUUGUCUGUUUACAACCCUGUUGCAUCUUCCAUUUAACUUUAGAAGUGGACUUAUUAGAGUUCUAUAAAAAGUGAGAGAUAUAAAGAUAGUGUCCGUGGCUUUAUUUUUAAAAUACAUGCUGUCCUUUUGCAUGGAGGCUAGGUGUGAGCAUGGCAUUGCAAGAUAUUUGGAAGCCUUAUGCCAUUGGCAAACUAGUCUGUGCCAAAACUACCCUGUGUGUUGUAUCAAGAUACUCCUGUUUCAGAACACACGGAUCAGACUCAGCAGAAUCGUCUGUGCCAUAUAGAAAACCUUCCUCCCUGUGCCUGCUGAUGACCAGUAACCACUCUGCGCCAGGGAUCCUUGAUAUGCCAGAUUUUCUGUCUCUUUGUUGGGUUCGUUUUGUUCAUUUAGCAUUUUGCUGAGUUUGCGAGUGACAGUGGAGACAAACUGUGGCUUUGCGUGGCACCUCUUAAAUGCGAGACACAGACAAUAUUACGAUUAUGGGAAUAAAUGUGGCUUGACUUUUACCACUGUCACUUUUGUCUCAGAAAAUGUUAUUUUUGAAUAAAAAAAAUCAAACAUUUCAUUGAA